CCCCACCCUUUUUAAAAAAAAAUAGAGGCAGGGAAAAAAAAACCAGGAAGACAGAAGCAAUGACCAUGACUACUAUGCCAGAAAGUCUUAACAGCCCGGUGUCAGGGAAGGCGGUGUUCAUGGAGUUUGGGCCGCCGAACCAGCAGAUGCCACCGUCCCCCAUGUCCCAUGGACACUACUCCAUGCAUUGCCUGCACUCCCAGCAUGACAGCUCGUACAGCGGCGCCUCGUCCUUCUCCAGACCGCUGGGUUACCCCUAUGUGAACUCGGUGAGCAGCCAUACUUCUAAUCCCUACAUCAGUACCGUGCAGCCCUACCCCAACAGCUCCAGCCUCAGCCAGAGCCGCUUAGAGGAGACAGGGACAGAGACGGAGAAGAGCACGGUGGUGGAAGGUGGAGAGGUUCGCUUUAAUGGCAAAGGGAAGAAGAUUCGGAAACCAAGGACUAUAUAUUCCAGUCUGCAGCUGCAGGCAUUGAAUAGGCGGUUCCAGCAGACUCAGUACCUGGCACUACCCGAGAGAGCGGAGCUGGCAGCGUCCUUGGGACUUACCCAGACACAGGUGAAGAUCUGGUUCCAGAACAAAAGGUCUAAAUUCAAGAAAUUGAUGAAGCAAGGGGGGGCAGCACUGGAUAGCAGCGCUCUGGCUAAUGGUAGGGCACUUUCUGCCGGUUCCCCCCCAGUGCCCCCGGUAUGGAACAGCUCCACUUCCUCUGGGAAGGCCACCUCUGGGACUGCUUACAUUCCAAGCUACACCUCUUGGUACCCAUCAGCUCACCAAGAAGCUAUGCAGCAGCCUCAGCUGAUGUGAUCCCCGCGGCCAAAUCUCCCCAAAAUGGACCUUUUUCAUAAAACUGCUAUCUGGCAAAAAACAACAACCCCACUUUAGAGGAGAAGCUCUGUGCCUUUAGAACCGUGGUGACUCCAGUGGACAAAGUGGUGGAGCGCACAUCAUGCAAACACUUAAUGCGGGCUGGUACCCAACAGUUGGCAGAGCACUCUCUACCCAUUCUAUGCCCAGGCACUGGAGAGCUUGGAAGCAGGGAGUGGAGAAUACUAGUAUACACCAUACCCUGAGGACAAUUGGAAGCAAAGAUGUUCGUAGAUGGGGGAACAAUGACAUCGACCCUCUUAUGUCUGUCUAUGUCUUGGUAAUUUGUGCUCAUUCUCCAACCUCUCCCCCCAUUCAUCCAACACACAGUCAGCAAAUACCCCCAUAGGAGCCCAUUAUUCGAUCUCCAUUCCAGAGGAACUGUCUCAAUUUUGGUGGAUCAGCGAAUUUCUUAUUUAUUGGAAGAAAAA